AUGACACGAGUGAGGGUCGCUGAAGGAAUUCUGGAAGGAGAAAAGUUAGAUAAUGAUUACGGGGGGUCGUUUUAUAGUUUUAAGGGAAUACCCUACGCAGAGCCUCCUUUGGGGGAGCUGAGAUUCAAGGCUCCAAUACCAAAACAGCCAUGGACGGGUGUUCGGCUAGCCACGGAGCAUGGGCCUCGCUGUUACCAAAUAGAUUUAUUUUUUCAACCUAAAUCUAACAUGGAACCGUCUGGAAGCGAAGAUUGCUUAUAUCUUAAUGUUUAUAGCCCUGACAUUGCACCGUCUAAACCACUUCCAGUUAUGGUUUACAUUCAUGGAGGUGCUUUCAUAAGCGGCAGUGGAAAUGAUGAUAUUUAUGGGCCAGAAUUCUUAGUAAAAAAUGAUGUAAUUCUCGUAACAAUCAACUAUAGGCUCGAAGUAAUCGGAUUUCUCUGCUUCGAUACUGAAGAUAUACCAGGAAACGCUGGAAUGAAAGAUCAGGUAGCUGCAUUAAGAUGGGUGAAGAAUAACAUAAAAAGUUUUGGUGGUGAUCCAAAUAAUAUAACCAUUUUUGGUGAAAGUGCUGGCGCUGCAAGCGUAUCUUAUCAUUUAGUUUCACCAAUGAGUAAGGGCCUAUUUCAAAGAGCAAUUACGCAAAGUGGGACAUUAUUAUCUCCUUGGGCGUACAGUUCAGUCAGCGCACGAGAAAUAGCCCUCCUUCUUGCCAAUCAUAUGGGAUGUGAAAGUAAUGACGACAAAGUUAUUUAUGAAUUCUUUAAAACUCAACCAAUCGAAAAUCUAAUAAUGAAACAAUUUCCUUUAACCUACGCACAAAACGCUAAAAAUUGGGUGAACAUUACAUUUCCUAUCGUUGCGGAAAAAGAAUUUCCUAACAUCGAGGCCUUUUUUACCGGUGACGUCGUUGAGGUACUACGUCAAGGUAUUCACGAAGGUGUUGAUGUUAUAAAUGGAGGCACAGCAGACGAGGGAACAGUUGUUUUUGUUUCAGGACUUAAAGCUGAAACCGUAUAUGAACAGGCCAGAAAAUUUAACGAACUUUUAAUUCCUCAACCACUAUCAUAUCAUUGUUCAACAUUGCAACAAUUGGAAAUAGGCAAGAAAGUUAAAGAAUUUUACUUAAAGGACGCAAAGACACUGGAAGAGGUUAUGCAAAAAGUCGUAAGAUUUAUGGGGACGGAUUAUUUUAAAUAUAAUGCAUGCUUAUGGCAAAAGAUAUGUGCAAAGACUAAUAAAAAUAAAAUAUACUAUUACAACUUCACGUGUCAAUCCCAAAGGAAUAUAUUUUCAAAUCGAUUUAACACGGGAGAAUUUUUACCCAAAAACUCAGUGUCACACUGCGAUGAUCUGGCUUACAUAUUUCCUUGUAAAUCUUUGUUACCAAAAGUAGAACCCAACUCUAAAACUUAUAAAAUUAUAGACACGGUUACACAAUUGUGGUCUAACUUUGCAAAGUAUGGAAACCCGACGCCUGACAAUAAUUUGAAGACAAUAUGGGAGCCAUUCACAAUUGAGAAACAGUAUUAUAUGGAUAUUGGUGAAAAACUUCAGCUGGAAUCGGAACUUGACAAGGAGGAAAUUACUUUUUGGGAAACGAUUUUUAGUGAAUAUUUUCCUCGCUUGGCGCCAUAA